AUGACUUGCGCCGAAAACAACCCGACGGUGGCAACCAUCGAUGACUGGGUGGAGGUCUCUUUCGAGGAGAGAUUGGAAUGUCCACGGAAACCCAGGCGAAACCCCUCCCUCCCGGCCCUCAACCUGGUCACGGUCCAGCAGCCCGAUGAGCCUGAACAGGUCGUCGACCUGCUCGAGUCGCCCGAGCGGCGUACCUACACAUUCGGCAGGUUCGAGGAGACGCCAUGGCCGCACAGUCCCUCCGGGUCUGUGGCUAGCCUUGCCAUGGCGUCGAGCACCGGACUCUACAUCGAGCUUGACCGCCACAUGCCUUCACUGCUACCCUGUGCCAAUCCACCAAGCUGGCCCAGCUGGCCUAGCCAGCCUAACCGUCCCGCCAAAGCUGGUCUGGACACCUCGUCGGGCCAAAAGUCACUGGACCUCCCGUCGCUGUCGCUGUCGCUGCCACAAAGCACUGGUGACGGGUACGACUCGGACGGCAGCUCGUGGUCCGAACUGACAGAAACGGGGCAAUGGGCCGUGUGCGCCGUCUCGCUUGCGUCGUCCCCUGGGCCCGGCCUCGCCCAGCUGGCGCCAGAGACGCCACCUGAGGCAUGUUUCCCCACUACACCUAGCACGCCUCUCGCUCUUCCGAGCAGACCACACUCGCCCGUCUCUUCCAUCAGCGACAGCGACAGCAGCAGUGAGGAUGCCUUCGACCCGAUGCUGGGCCUGUUGGCGCUGGCUUCCAGUACAGAUCUGACGGAUCCGAAGCGGCUAUCGUUUCGCUCCCAACGGAAGCAGAGAGAGGGGGCCGUAGUCGGCAGUCUUAGUCUCGGAGGCGGUCGAGGCGGUGGAGGGACUAACAAUGGCGCCAGCUGGGCCUGCCGGGACAAUGCUGCGAGUGACUCACGAGGUCGCCCAGAUCUCAGCUAUGCGGGACUAGGCGGCGCAGACGGCGCCAUUGGGGCCAACGGGGCUGGCCCACAUCGCCUUGCAGAGUUUGGCGUCGCUGGCGUAGCAGGCGUAGGACUUGCUGGAACCUACGCUGCAUACGGGGCACGGCGCAGCUCUGCCAUUCCCCCGAUGCAGCCUGCGGUUGCCAGCGCCGAAAGACGGCGGCGCUCGCUGCCAACGCUGGUUUUGCAAACUUCGUCUUGCACCUCGUUACUCCUCGACCACACCUUGACACCCGUGUUCGACUCGGACUCUGACACCGAGAGUGAGGGGGAAGAUCUCCUCGCCCAGAUUCCGUUCGACCUCUCGCCGUUACGCUCCGUGGACGUCGAUCAAACCACUUCCCCUUGCCCUGCCCCUGCUAGCCCUGCUCAUCUGGCUCUUACGCCUGCGCAGACGACUCCAGUCACGCCUGCGCCUGCCGCUGCGCCUGCAUCUGUGGUUCCUGCAGCUCGCACCGAUCGCGCCGCACGCACUGUCUCGAGCAUCUCGACAAGCUCGACGGCAGGACGAGUCACGCGCCCCCCGAAUCGAAGGGCGGCGACGAGCCCUGCGGAGCACGACCACUCGUAUUCUUCUUCUCGCGACAUACGAGGCGGGCUAGGCGGGAUGAUGAAGGGGGACCCGAAUUCGACGCGCAUCGACAGUCUCUUCCCGCCCUCCUCUUCGUCUUCCUCUCAUUCGAAGCACGGGCACGGGCUUGGUCUGGGCGGCCUAGGCGGCCUAGGGGGCAGGCGGGGGCGGGGGCCGCUGUCGCUGUUCGGGCUGAGGCGCUCGCUCAGCGUUGGCCACCGGUCCGACGCGAGUAGCAGUGUCGGGGCCAAAAGUUCCAGUCCCAAUUCCAGUUCCAGGGACGGAGACGCACCGGAGGGAACGGGGGCAGUGGAGGGGACGGACCGGGGGCCCGAGCACAUCUACCCUGGGAUUUCGGCCAGGUCCGGGUCUCUGUCUGCGCACUCUGCACACUCUGCGCAUACCACACAUUCUGCAAGUAACAGCGCGAGGAGCUCGUUCGACCACCAUCACAAUGGAUACGGACAGGUUGGCCAGGCUGGGAGAGGGGACAGUGCGUACGCCACCGUGGGCGGGCUGGCGACACCCACACCCGGCGAGCGCAAGCUGCCCGCCGUGCCGCUCCCGGUCACUCCCACCUCUGCGCACGGGCCCCACAGCCCCGCCCUGUCCAGCCCAGCCAGCCCUGUCCACUACGCCAGCUACGCCACAGACCCGUACCCAUCCUCGCCACUGCGCUUCCAGCGGUACCACUACCUCCCCUCGUCCUCGCGCGCGUCCACUGCCUCCAGCCCCCGCUCGCCCUCUUUUCCUCACCAUCCUGCCCAUCCUCACCAUGUGUACGACCAGCUUCUGAACGCUUCUGACGCUGCGUCCCCGGGUUCCACUUCAGCGUCUGCUUCCCCGGACCCAAGCAGCUGGCAUGAACAUACUACCCAUGGUUCUGGUUCUGGUUCUGGGUAUCCUGGGGCCGGGGCCACUGCAGGCCAAGUGGGGCCCGUUCUAGACGCUGGGCAUUCUGGACACUCUGGGCACGCUGGGCAGCAGGCUGGGCAAAAGACAGCCGGCGACCUGGGAGAGGCUCAGCCGGUGACCGGGUCGCGAUGGCCGGUCUACAUCCACGAAUGCGAAGGGGACGAUUGCGGCGAGUUUAUCUUUGGUCAUGACGGGUCUGAGGGGCCUGACGCGGGGGAUGAGGUGCUCAGCAUGCUCCUCGCUACCCGGGGGAGUCGAGGAGGAGACAAUACACGGAAGGGAGACAGGGAACCCACGAUCCAAGGCUUGACUGGUGCAAUGGACGGUGACGCGAGCGAAGGUGGUCAGGGCCGGAACGCCAUUCACGCCAGCCGGUCCGUGCAUCCAGGGACGGGGCCUUGGGAAAGCGACCACUUGGGCUUUAUCGAUGCACGCUCCGACCUUGGCGACCUUGGAGGAGUGCAUACCGCAACUCGGAUACCACCAAGCAGCAGCAAUGCAGAGCUCGAUCGCACAACAGAGCAGCCAACAGCAGCGGGCAAUCCCACCAAGCCGCCGCCCGCCCCGUCUUUAUCACACCCGGCCGCCUACGCUGCUAUCCCAAAGGACGAUGACUCGCCGACGCUGGAGCCACUCUCUCUGCCCCUCAACGACCAUCACUCGUAUCACUCCUCUUGUGACCUCCUACCCUUGACCUCUGAUCCAGUCCAAGAUCACCAAGACCCCCAAGACCCUCUCUCAUCGACCCAACCCCUGCAUCUGCAGCUACAAUCCUUGACUUUACCCUCUUUAGACUUUUCUGCUCCUCCUACACUCCCUCCUGCCGCUCCUGCCUCACCUACUGCCGCUCAGGUAACCGCCUUCGCAUACCACACAUACCCCACAGACGCCCAGACGCGCCAGACAACGGCUGUGGCCCUACAUCCCCUACCCGACUCUAAGGACGCGAUCACGCUCAAGUCGCCUCCUCCUCCUCCCAUCGAAUCCCCCGAUCCCCCCUCCCCGGACCAGCACGACCAGCACGACCACCAGGAUCCCGAAUCUUGCGACCCUCCCAACCCUCCUAUCCCUCUCGACAAGCAUACCAAGACCACCAGUGUCCCGUCAGUCACGGCGGUCGGACCCCCUGUGCUCGCUGUCGCCCCUGGGCUCCCUAUCGACGUUCAUGACAAAGUAGAAAGCACCCCAUCGCACCCGAAAAUGGAGCGUUGGAAUCCUCAUCUUUACUCUCCCCGCAUGUUCCCCCCCGAACACGGCCACGGCCACCCCACCUACGUCUCCAACGGCACUGGCAACAACAGCCUAGGGCGGAAGACGUCGCCGAGGCCGUCGCCCCUGCCCUCGCCCGCGCCCUCCCAGGGCCUGUCCCACGAUGGCUCGCCCCUGUCACCGACGACGACGUCGAGCGCCUCGAUCCACGACACGAAGUCGAUAAAGGAGAAGCCGAAGAAGAAGGGAGGAUGGUUUGGUCGCAAGAACAAGGACGACGUUGAGACGCCAGCGAAGCCCGUCGAAAAGAAGAAGAAGAAGAAGCCCGCCUAUAGCGGAGGCGGCUAUCUUGACAGUCUGAUGCUGCCGCCGGGCCAGCCGCUGAACCAGACGGUGCACCCGCCAGGAGGCGGAAGAGCGGCGACCAAGUCGCCCAGGCGCAAACCGUCGUCGGUCGAGCCCAUGUCGCCGACAUGGUCUCACUCGCAGCCAGACUCGGACCGGGCGCGAUCCGUCCGCAGGCCCUCAUCCAAGGACGCGGACAAUAACGGUAUUGUCGUCGAGAUCGAUGCCCGUUCUUCACCCCCGACCCCUCAUCACAUCCCCUUACCACCGCUCACUCCGCAAUCGACGUCUGGCCAGACUUCUGCGCAAAGGUUGGCGAGCCAGAACCGCCCUCCCCUCCCGACGCAACCGCAUACUCCCAACACACUUCCCCUGUCGCUGUCACCGCGAAGCUCGACGCUGCGCUUGGACCCGCUCCCCGCGCACCUGCAACACGGAUCUGAGUCGAGUUCCUCUGGAUCAGUGGCGAACAAAGAGGUCGACAAGCGCCGCCUCUCGCAGUACACCAUCUCGUCCUUUUCCGGAAGCGAGUACUCGCAGUCGCUCCCGAGCGCGACGAUGCAGCGCUCCACCUCUGGCCCCAGCGGCCUGUACCCUGUUGGCGAGCGGGGGACGGUAUCCACCGUGUUCGAGGAGGAGUACCCGCAGCAGACGCAGACGAAUGGACGACAGGCGGCGCAACAAUCAGACCGGCGACCGUCGACAAUUGACUCAGACGACGGGUGGGCUCGCGACAGCCAGGGCGGGCACGGCGGCCUGGGCCACAGUCAAAACCACUACCGCGAGCGCCCCUCUGCGCUGCAGCUGCAGCACACGACGCUCCCCGCCCGCAGGCAGUACACGCCAUCGCCUGGCCUGCCCACCGUCUCGCUGUCGCCCCGCACGCAGCGGUCGAGCACCAUCUCGUCGACCAACUCGGCCACGUCCAAGCCCAAAACCCCCGCGAGCCACCCCUUCGCCUCAGGCCGUGCUCCCUCCCCAAACCACCCUGCAGACUACCUCACCCCUCCAGCUGGCUCGCCCCCGGCCGUCCCGUCGCACGCGUUCCCAAGCCCAAACGACAGCUUCAAGAUGCCUGCCCCAGCCGUCCCUGCCCAUCAGGUCGCACUGGCCUCCCCAGAGGACGAGCAGGGGGACCCCGACUGCCCGGUCUGCUGCGAGAGCAUGAGCUUCACUUUCCGUCUGCCCGGCGAGAAGCCCCACGUCGUCCCCGAGUGCGGCCACGCCCUCCACGAGUGUUUCGUCACCGUGUACGGCCCCGUGCCGCCUGAGGGGUCGCAGAAGAACAUUGGCGUGUGCGGCGUGUGCCGCCAGCCGAUGCGCGUCAACGGCAACGACCGCAAGCUCGCCACGCUCAUGGGCGGCAGCGAGUCCGCCUCGUCAGGUUACGAGAUUGUCGACCCGCAAUCAGACGACCCGCUCGAGCCGGCUCCCAGCCCAACAUCCGCGGUUAGCGGCCGGGCGGGGCCGGCCGAGGCUCCGCCGCUUCAAGUCGUGGUCCCGCGCAUCGAGGUCCGGCCCGAGUUCCAGUCCGUGCGCCGCUCCAAGACGGGCAAGCAGAAUGUCACUGCGCUCGUCGUCGUCGAGGUGCCCCCCGCAGCCGACCGGUCCAAGUAUCCCGCGCGCCAGCGCCGUACAAGCGCCGCCGACUCGUACGCCAACCUGCCUCCUUCGCCGAGCUCCUCUGGCUCGUUCCGCGAGAGCGUCAUGUCCGGCCUGCAGGCGCAGAAGACGCCGUUCGCCAACGUGCUCGCGGACCUGAAGCGCCGCCUAGUCGCGUACAAGUACAGCGGGCUCGAGAGCGUGGGUGCCCUGUGCCUCUUUGACAUUUUGAAAGUGCGCAAGGCGUCCAACGUGCAGGACUUCCACCUGUAUCUGUUCCAGGACGCGCUGAUCUGUGUCUCCGAAGAGCGCAAGUCGGGCAUCACGGGCGGCAUCUUCAAAAAGUCGCAGCCGGAGAGUCCCAACGAGAGCGUGCUGCGUAUGCGGGGGCGCAUCUUCCUCCGCGACGUGCACCAGGUCACGGACUCGAGCACGGUCAGCGAGCUCAGCAUCGCGCUCACGCUCGAGACGCAGGAGCACGGCGUCGACAGCAUCGUCAUCUGCUUCAGCGACCGGAACAGCCACGAGAUGUGGCGCUCGACGAUCCGGCGUCUCAUCGACGACGCCCAGGUCGCCAGCGGAACGAAUGGCAACAAGAUUGAGAAGCUCCUCGGCAGCGGUGGACCGCCGCAGCGCCCUCCUUCCCGCGCGCACAGCACGACGUCGAGUGGUGGCGGGCACAGCGCCCGUCCCAGCGCAGUCGUGCAGGGCAGUACCAUGAAUCUGUUCUCCGACGCGAGCGAGGCGUGCACGCCUUCCUGCCCCACGCCCUGUCCCGGUGCACUCGCUUUCAACGUCCCCAUUGCGCCGCACCACACGCCUAUCGACAUUGUGCUCGCCAUCGCGACGCCGGCGCUGGCUCCCGGCGCAACCCUCCCGCUCAAGACGCGCCUGAUGCGGACCGCUCUCCACUUUGUCCUCGCGACCAUGGGACCGAGAGACCGCGUGUCCAUCGUUGCAGCGGAGCUGGGCCCCAACGCCGUCGUGCGCCGCACGCCCUUGCUGAAUGCGACACGGCACGACAGCCGAAAGCGCCUCGAGGCGUUUGUCGAGGGCAUCGGCGCCGGCGGGCGGGGCGACGAGUUUGAGAUCGAGACGCAAGAAGAAAAGCCCGACGUCGUGACGGCGGUGAAUGUCGCGCUGGAUGUGAUCCUGCAGCGCAAGGUGAAGAACCCCCUCGGCGGGCUCGUGCUGAUCAGCGACGCGAGCGACCUGAUCAAGCGGCAGCAGAUGGACCUGGUCACUGCGCGCCUCGAUGCGGCCAAGAUCCCAGUCCACUGCUUCGGGUACGGCAAGGCGCACGACCCGAGCCCGCUCUGGAUGAUCUCGAACCACACGCACGGCACGUACACCUUUGUGAAAGAGUGGUACCACCUGCGCGACGCGCUGGCCGGCGUGAUUGGCGGCCUCAUGUCCAUUGCGCUGACCAAGGUCGGCCUGCGGCUCGCGUGCCAGGACGACGACUUCCGCGUCGUCAAGGUCUCGGGCGCCUCGCAGGCCGUCAUCUCAAGCAGCGGGCGCGACAUUGACAUCGACCUCAACAUCCUCCGUCACGGCGAGGUGCGCGAGAUCCUGAUCGACUUUGAGCUCGAGAGCGACCCUGUUCCGGGUACGCCGUUCGGGAGCGCGACGCCGAUCGACUCGGAGGGCGACGAGGGCGGUCCUACGCGGCCGCUGUCCCGCCAACAAUCGACCAGCACAGCAAGCAACCGCCGCCCCUCCCUCGCACGCGCCUAUAGCGGAGGCAGCGUGGGGAUGAACGGCAACGGCAAUGGACUGGGCGAGCUGGCCGCGCGCGAGGCCCAGCGCGAAGCGAGCGGAUCCUACGACGACAAUGGGAUGGAGGAGGUCCCCGUCGUCGAGGUCGACUGCACGUUCCACGACCCGCUCGCCGGCCGCAGCGCCGCGCGCAUGAUGAACCCCUUGCUGCUUACGCUGGCGCUGCUCCCGCCCUCUUCCAAUCCUAGCAGUUCAGCCGCGGACAGCGUCAUAGUCCGGCGGCGCAUGGAGCUGCUCGCCAGCGACAUGAUCACGCGUGCGCUGCUCGCGGGCUCCCGCAAGAACUUUGGGCAAGCAACCCGCAUUCUGCGCGAGACGAAACGGAUCUUGGAAACGAAGAGCGACCAUUUACGCGCCUCUGUGUCCUCGUCCCCGCACAGAUCACGCCGAGACGUCGCCACCCUGGCAGCCAUCGACGGGCUCAGCGCGACGAUCCAAGACGUCGACAUGAUCCUCGACGGCAUCGAGACGAAUCAGGACAUGUUCGAGGCAGACUAUAGGAACUAUGCGGCGCAGCAGACGGUCAUUCUGCGCACGCAGCGGUCUUGGACUAUCCGCACGCCCACCGAGGUCGCGUACGCUACGCCGGACGUGCAGGCGCUCAUUGCGGGAAGUGGAGAGUAUGCGCCCAGAGCCCAGUAG